GACCAGUGCCCGACCAUGCCCGACACCUUACGGCUGCAAACCGAUUACUCCCGAAUACAAAAUAUUGGUAAAUUUACUGAUUAUAUACUGUAAUACUGUCUUGUGUGCACUUUAAAUCGUAUUUUAUCUGCCAAAUGGUUUAAAAUGAGCUCUGAAUUAACUUUGGACGAGUUUGAUGGCUCCCACUGUAUCAAUCGUGUCGUUUCGUUUGGUGGAAAUGCAGCAGUUGCAGGAGCUCUAUAUGGUAGCGUUGCCGCAGCUUUUAUGACGCCUGCUCCACAUCCCAAACCAAAUAUAAUUCAAGCAAUGGGACUUGUUAGCAGAUACACUUUGCUCAUAGGUAGUGCAGGUGCGGUAUUUGCAGGUUCAACAUGUGCAUUGGCUUCAAUACGAGAUAAAGAUGAUUAUAAAAAUUGGGCUUUUGGUGGAGCAGUAGCUGGUUCAAUAUUUGGUAUACAAGCACGAAGAAUACCGGUUGGACUUGGCUGUUCACUGGCAUUAGCUGGUCUAGGGGCACUUGUUAAAUAUACCGAAGUAUACAAAGAUCCACUCCCGCGCCGAGAGAUGCCUUGAAAGGCUCGAAUUACUGGGCUUUCUUUGCCGCUGAUGUCUGAAAGUGAAUCGUUGCAAUUUAUUGCACAAAUAAUAUUAUAAACGUGGCUUUGGCCAAGGCUAAAUUUGUAAAGGCGAAGAAAGAGAUUCUUGUUAUAAAAAUAAAUUAU